UUUCCGCUGUUUCAGGGUAAUAUGGCGCUGCCGUCUGUGUGCGUGUCCCGAGCCUGGGCUCCGGGGGGUGACCUGUGGGGGGCAGAGGGGUCGGGGGAGGGGACUGGAGGGGCCGCGGCUCUGAGCAGUGGAUGGGCAGUACCCGCGGGACUGGAUCCGGUGGAGUUUGUAAAGCCGUACACAGAGGGCGAGUCUGGGGUCCAGAUCAGAUUACACCAUGGGACCACCACCAUGGCAUUCAAAUUCCAACAUGGAGUCAUCGUGGCCGUGGACUCCAGAGCCUCAGCGGGAUCCUAUAUAG